UUCUGUUAUUUCAACGUCUAAAGACGUCUGCCCUUUUCCUCUACAAAGCAGUUAACCGAAGAUUAUUUUGGUCCUGCGCUAUGGAGGUUCAUCUCGUCUCUAUAUUUUCAUAACUCUUUGUUUAUGAAGUUCGUUUUUUUUUUUCCGAUAAAAACAGUGUGUCGGUUGUUUCGCAGAUGACGGUUUUCCAACAGAAGAAGAGUCUCCAUAAAUUGUGAAAGGCAGGACAAUGAAUCCAUAUGACUGGAGGUACUCUACACAAAGGCUGCAGACACAUCUGGAACCAGAUCACCAGAGGGUCAUCAGCAGCAGUAGUAUGGGGAGAGUCCCAAGGAUUGCCGGCGACUGGGAGAUACACCCUAUGCAUACUGCUGUUCAGCCUCACAGCAGGAUUGUUGCUUGUAGGGAACUUACUCCUCCAUCCCAGAACUUUCCAGACCCAGAUGGAAAACCAUUAAAUUUAGAGGAGGAAGAUCCUGAGUUGGCGAGGAAGAAACGAGAGCUUCAAGAGUUACAUGAGCAGAUUAUAAAUAAGAAAGCCACCAUUGCCAUCAAAGCAAUUGAGAUGAUUGUGAAGACUCCAUCUGAGACAGAUGCUCCUGAUGAUGACGAGUUGGAAACUUGCAGGCCUGAAACGCUUAGAGACAGAGUGAGAGAGAUAUUGCAGCAACGUUCAUUCAGCUUUUUCUCUAAGGUUAAGUUGUCUAAACUAAGAGAACAAUCUGCUGCAUUGAGAAAAGAUGGUGUGAAGCAGCAGCACCAUCCACUGAAGGUCAGAGUGAAGGCAUUAAGGGCACACAGACUUGGGGACCCCUGCGUCUUACCACCCCACAGAAAGAAGGUCCCUGAUGUUCCUCCACCUCUUACCACCCGGAGUGUUGUUUUACCAGUAAAAGAAGAGAGCGGCGCUGACAAGGGCUUCGAGCGCUUCCUCACUGUGCUCAACAGAGGAGCUGAUAUCAACCUGAAAAACAUGGUUCCAGAUGUUCCUCUGCCGCAUCCUGACCACAUCAUUACUUGCCCUGCGAAGCAGGAGAACACCACCAGCAAGGGAUACGAGCGCCUACUCGGCGUUCUCAAGAAAGUAGCAGCAGCGGCCCCUAACAUGAACUCAAAGGUUCCUGAUGCCCCUCUGCUGCCUCCUGAUCACGGCAUUACUUCCCCUGACAAGCAGCAAAGCGCCACAAACAAGCGAUAUGAGCGCUUACUCAGUGUACUCAGCAAAGAAGCAGCUCCCUGCUUGAACACCGCGGCCUCUGAUGUCUCGUUACCUCUUCCAAGCCAGAGUGAUCCUCCUAGAAUAAAGAAGGAGAGCAGUACCAACAAGGGUUCUGAGAAUGGGAGCAAAGCCAGCAGAGGUUCUGAGCAUGAGAGCAGUAGCAGAAGUUUCAAGUGCGAAAGCAGCGCAAAUAAAGGUCCUGAGCUUCAGAGCAGUACAAGCAGAAAGUUUGAGAACAAGAGCAACCUCGACAGACGUUCUGACCCUGAAAAAAGCUUCGACAUACGUUCUGACCCUGACAAAAGUGUCGACAGACGUUCUGACCCUGACAAAAGCUUCGACAGACGUUCUGACCCUGACAAAAGUGUCGACAGACGUUCUGACCCUGACAAAAGCUUCGACAGACGUUCUGACCCUGACAAAAGUGUCGACAGACGUUCUGACCCUGAAAAAAGCUUCGACAGACGUUCUGACCCUGACAAAAGUGUCGACAGACGUUCUGACCCUGACAAAAGUGACGACAGACGUUCUGACCCUGAAAAAAGCUUCGACAGACGUUCUGACCCUGACAAAAGCUUCGACAGACGUUCUGACCCUGACAAAAGCUUCGACAAACGUUCUGACCCUGAAAAAAGCUUCGAUAGACGUUCUGACCCUGAAAAAAGCUUCGACAGACGUUCUGACCCUGACAAAAGUGUCGACAGAUGUUCUGACCCUGACAAAAGUGUCGACAGACGUUCUGACCCUGAAAAAAGUGUCGACAGACGUUCUGACCCUGACAAAAGUGUCGACAGACGUUCUGACCCUGAAAAAAGCUUCGACAGACGUUCUGACCCUGACAAAAGUGUCGACAGACGUUCUGACCCUGACAAAAGCUUCGAUAGACGUUCUGACCCUGACAAAAGCUUCGACAGACGUUCUGACCCUGAAAAAAGCUUCGACAGACGUUCUGACCCUGACAAAAGCGUCGACAGACUUUCUGACCCUGAAAAAAGCUUCGACAGACGUUCUGACCCUGAAAAAAGCUUCGACAGACGUUCUGAUCCUGACAAAAGCUUCGACAGACGUUCUGACCCUGAAAAAAGCUUCGACAGACGUUCUGACCCUGACAAAAGUGUCGACAGACUUUCUGAUCCUGAAAAAAGCUUCGACAGACGGUCUGACCCUGACAAAAGUGUCGACAGACUUUCAGACCACGAGAAAAACGUCAACAGAUAUUCUGACCGCGAGUGCAGUCCAAAAAGAGGUUCUGAGAGCAAAAGUAGUGCCAACAGAGGUUCUGAGUUUAAGAACAGUGGUGACAGAGGUUCUGAGUGUGAGAACCGCCUUAACAGACUUUGUGAAGGCAAGAGCAGGAUCAAAAUAUUUUUUAAGCGUGAGAGCGGUGUAAACAGAGGUUCUGAGCUUCAAAACUUUGACAAAACUUCUGAACAUGAGAGGAAUGUCAGCAGAGGCGAGAACAGCAUUAACCGACACUCUAAAGACAAGGGUGGCGCGAACAGAAGUUCUGAGCACAAGAGCAAUGAUGAAAGUGCCUCUGUGCACGACAGCAGUGCCGGCAGAAGUUUCAAAAGUGAGAGCAAGAACAACAGGGGUUUUGAGCGUUUCCUCAGUGUGCUCAACAGCGGCGUUGACAUCAACAAGCUCAGUAAGAUGAUCAAAGAGGAUGUAGAUGAUCUUCCAAAAACAACUUCUUCUAGUUUGAAAAAGGCCCCCAAGAGUGGAAGCCAGAAGUCUGACACUGGAUCCUCGCUGCCAGGCUGCAGUGGGAUCAGCAGCACAAAAUCAAAGACUGACUCUGUCAAUAAAGAGCUUUCCUUACCUGAAGACAAUGAGGUGAAGAAAGUCAAAAGAAGGUGCAGUUUGGACUCCAGCAGCAAGUCAGAGCCCCCCCUUGAAGUGAGGAAGAAAAAGAAAGAGGAAAAGGAACCCCAAAAGAUAGAUGAAAAGCACGAACAAUUGCAAACCAUUCUUCAAACUUUAGGUUUGAAUCUGGAUGUUGAGGAGUUGAGCAAACUUACAGAUCGCACCCAGGAGAGGCUGUAUGGAAGGAAGAUUGAAGGCAGACAGACGAGCGACAGCAGGAAGGAGCAGGAGAGUCCACCGAGUUGCUCCCUCAAAAAACCCACCAGAUCACGCUCCUCCUCCUCUUCUUCCUCCUCCUCCUCCUCCUCCUCUUCUUCAUCCUCCUCAUCCUCCUCUAGAUCCGUCUCUAGAAGCCAUAGUCGAAGCCCCUUGCGUCGUCGUCGGCGCUCUCGCAGCAGAGAUGCGCAUCGACGUUCUCGUGACCGAGGCGGUAAUGGAGUGAAACGGCCGAACAGGACCAGAACAGAACCACAGAGGCCCAGUUACAGAAAGCAACAACAAACAUUUCCUUCUCCUUACCCUGGUCAGUCUGCCUAUCCCGAUUACAACUUGUACCAAUAUGCCCAGUACAUUAACUACUACAACGCCUACAGUGGUGCUAUAAACUCCAAUUGGCCAUUUGCUCUAAAUCAAAGUCAUGUCAACCCACAGUCCUAUUUACAAUGGAACUCACUAUUGGCAGAAAUGGGGCUUUCCAACCACCCGGAACAGCUCUCUCUUCAAGAUCUUAUGCUAGUCAUGAAUCCAGACUUAUCUGUGAGUGAAGGUCAGAGCAAUGAGGCCUCUGGUUCUCGUUGCCUCACGGUCGUCAAUACUAAACCAUCUUCUGAAAGCCGUAUGAUGGAACGUCGAUGGCACGCGAAGCAGGAGAAGCAUCUCUCAGGGUUGAAAAAGAAAGAAAACAAAAAGAGAAAAAGGAAAUCAGAAAGUGGUGAUGAUUCUUCAGAGGAAAUGGAGAAAAAGCCUUUAGAGAAAAAACCUGCAGAGACAUUUGCUGUGGAGAAAAAAGCCUCAGAGACGGUUGCUAUGGAGAAAACAGUUGCAGAGACAGUUGCUACCGGGGAAAAAACCAUAGUCCCGAAGACCUCAGACUCCAAGCGCCCACCAGGUAAUAAAGGUGAUGAUAAAGCCAAGACAAAAGAAGAGAAGAAAAAUCAGCUUUCAGAGGAGGAAAUAAGGGCUAACUUGAGGGAAAGGCUUUUGGAGUUUAACCGGAAAGCGAGGCUGAUGACACAGAUACCCAGCUCAAGCAUCAAGCCAGCAGACUCCCUGAACUCUGAGCUCCUGUAACAGGUCAGAAGAUUGAUGAGCGCGCUGGUGGAUCAAUAACCUCCAUGUUGCUCCACUGUGCAUCUCCCUGUUUGAGCUGGAUCCUCCUCAUCCGCCACAAGCAAAAUGAAAAUUUACUCAGAAAAAUGUCUUUUCCCCGAACCAUUUAUGGUUGACAUAAAGCUUUUUACUUUUGUCUCCACCGUUAUGUAAUUUUCAUGUUUUCACAUUUAUUUGCAGGCUCUGUUGUUGAAGCUUACCUUAUUUUAUUGCCAGGAGCUAGUUUUUUUUUGUCUGUUUUCUCUCAGUAAAGGUUUAAGUACUGUUAUAAUGAUUGUGGAUGCUCUUCUUUUGCUAGUUUAUCUUCUAUGAGGGGGGAUCAGUGUGUCUUCUGAAGGUUUUUACAGGUAUCUCUCAAGAAAUUUGAAUAUCGUGAGAAAGUUCAAUAUUUUUAUUAUUUCAGAAAGUGAAGCUGAUCUAUUAAAGAGAUUUGUUGCACAUAGAGUAAAAUAUUUAAUGCCCUUUUAUUUCUUGUAUUUUGGGGAUUAUGGCUUCCAAAUAAUAAAAUGUCUAAAUACUGCAAACUAAUGGUGCCACACCCUAUUACCUAAUUAAUUCAAAACACAUGCAAAGGUUUUCUGAGCCUCUAAAUGGUUUCAGUCUGGGUCAGCGGGCGACACGAUCAUGGAGAAGACUGCUGACUUGACUGAUGUCCCGAAGACAGUCAUCAACACCCACAAGGAGGGUAAGCCACAAAAGGUCCUUGCUAAGAAGCUUGUUGUUCACUUUUUAUUUUAUGUUAGAUGUACCUGUACUAAAGAAAACUGAUACAUCAUAAAACACGAAGUGCAAAGUUG